GGCGGUGGGGCGGUGCUCGGGGGGGCUCUGGUGGGAGGAGCCAUGGGCGAGGACGAUGGAAUGGGCCGUGCCGAUUGGCUGGACUGGCUGCACUCGCUGGCGUGCGGAGCGGCGCUCUUCGCGAUCCUCUACCAAUACUCGUCGCUGGGCCGCAUGCUCGUCGUCAUGGUCACCGUGCUGCUGCUCUACCUGCACCAUGCUGCCAUCUUCCCCUUCCGCCGCGCCGCCCCGGCCAACGUCCCCGCAAACCCAAGACACCAAAUCGCCGCCGCCGACAAUCGGAACGACGUCGCCGCUCGGCCGGCUCCCGCGGACGCCGCCGCCGCCGAUGACGCCGCCGGCGGCCCUGCGGACGGAGCCAGAGAGGCCCGCGCGGCCGUCGACGGCGGCGGUGCCGCAGCGCUGCCGCCACCGGCACCACCGGCGGGCGUGCACGGCUGGACCCGCGCCAUCUCCGUCUCCGUUUGCUCCUUCUUCUUCUCGUUUUUCGCAUCGCUGCUGCCCGAGGGCCCGCAGCACAAUGGCCGGAACUGAAUGCCACCACCACCACCUCCUCCUCCAGCUCUUAUUGUUGCUGCUGCAGUAGCAAGUUGAGGGGGGGGGUUGUUGCUGUGUGUUUUUGCGCGCUCACUUUUGAAGGGAAGAGCGGCGGCGCAAUUUUUCCGCCCCCGAUUCUGUUGUCGGACGUUGGCUUGUUUUCGUGGUUAUCUCAAAAUCGGUCGGGAAAAAAACGAAAGGCCUUCGCGGGGGUCAGAUGAUCGCAGGAGUGGCCCAGUGUGUGACGCGUCCAGGUAACAAUUGAGAUCGCACAAAAUGCGACACGUUUUGCGAAAAUUCGCAAGUGGCUUAACGAUGCAAUAAUAGACGAGGACGUUUUUGUUGGCAAAAGUUUUUGUUAUUAAUUUUAGGCGAACGCCCAUGCAAAUGUAAUAUCACCGGGGGUUAUAUUUAAAGGAAGACACAACCCAACAAUGAACUGGGAAGCUACUAAUGGUCAUUAUCAAAGCGAUAUUGAUCCGGUGAAGUUUGACCAAGCAUGUGUUUUUUUUGGUAAAAAUAAAACAAAUUUGUAACGCCCAUACUUCCAGCGCCCCAGCUUCAGAAAUACGCGCUGCCAUUCCGUAGUUUCUAAUUCCCCCUUAACCGUGAAAACCGACGGACGCAGGAGCUGACGGUUGGUCGUCGUUAACGCGAUCAAUUUUUUUGUUUGUUAUUUCGUCACCUUCGAUUAACACGGUAAGGCUACGUACGGUGCGAAAGAAGUUCAACAUGCGUGCAUCAUUAGCCCCGCGAUGGCCAGUCUGCGACACAUGGCCUACGACUUGCGUUGCUGUAAAAAGAAAAACGGCGGAGAAUUUGCCGUUACGUCUUCCUUUAGAUUGUCGCUCCAAGCUAGAACCAUGGCUUCCAUCCAAUCGCGAGACAGAGAGCUGCUUUUCAGCAGCACCCACCCAGUUGGAGCCGCGCAACCACUGAGUGCGUCAAGCCCUGCGCUAUUUCGCCGCGGCUCAAUUCCGCGCUCGCCAUCUUUUUUUCUGGCCGCCGGUCGUAGUAGACUGCUGGUCGCCGACACGCGUCUGGGAAGCCACAUCCUUGGUAGCGAGGAGGCAUCCUGGACGUGGCGUGCUCAGAGUGGGGACAUAUUUUUUCAGGAACUCGGUCGCGGGUCGGCUCCGGCCAUAAUUACAAGCCCCAGGUUGCGCGCCGCCAAAGGUGGGUGCGGGACAGCAAGAGCGAAAUGCACCGAACGGGCCCCCAGUGCCGAGGCUGCGCGGACGUCGAAACGCGGCUGACGGAAAUCCAGAGGGGUGUGACGCAUCUUCUUUCGCGAUGCCGGAAUUAUUGCCGUCGGCCGUGCCGUUUCACUCGCGAGCCGUACGAAAACUUGCUUUUGCGUUUAUUUUUGCGUCUUCCGUUGUCGCACACCCCAGGAUCGCCAGGCUCGCGAACGCGAGUUGCCCUGGGCCGCCGCUGCCCCCCCCCCCCCGCGCUGCGAGCGUCGGUCUCCGCGCGCUCGCGAGCGUGGCCCUCGCGAACGUGCCCGGGGUUUCCCCCAUUCGCUCGGUCGCGCGAAUAACUGUCGCCAUUGAUGCGAAGGGGAGAAAAAGAUUCGGAGAAUCGAUGAGAUCGACUGUAAAAUAACGGUUUUGAGGCUGCUGCUUCUGUGACCGGAGCUUUGGGCGCGAGUUGGAUUACACUGCGCUCCUGUAACACGUCACUUUGUAAGCGAGGGUUGGUGAAUCGCACACAGGGACACUCGCAACACAGUCGUGAAACUCCCUCCCUACCCGUGGGCAUUGAGGUCGCCACCUCCUCCGGCUUGUAUUUACGUAUGUUGAACUUCUGUCGCACUGUACGUAGCCAACCGCGCUAAUCGGAGGUGCGGGGGGCGAAGAACAACAAACUAAACGCAACAUGAGGCGGUUAUAAAGAAAUUAGUUUUCAAUCUUGCUGUACUGCCAUCAUACCCUGGCUUGUAGCACUACAGCAAGCCGGUUGAUUUUCAUCUACGCGUGGAUUCAGUGUCACCACCCUCACGCGCGUGGCUUUUUCGCCACGUGCUCCGGUUUCCUCCCACGUGUAUAAAACUCUCCUUGAUGCAGUCGGCCAAAACAUCCCGAUUUAUAAGACCACAGAGCUUGGGGAAAUUGUUGACGCCCGUUUUGGCUGCCUUCUGGAUCAUUCUUCACCAUUCGUGACCAUUCUGUCGUCUUUCUGAGAGCGAACUCCGACUGAGCACAUUACAAAUUAUAUUAUUAUCGUCGCCAUGCACAAGCGAAUUAAAAAAAUAACACGUUCUUGGAAAUAUUUGAACGGUUGUAAAGAAAGUGUUUCCCGACGUUUGGAGAGAUGAUGAUGAUGACGAUGUUGUUGUUCCACUGGCCUUCGAUAUUUCCUGAAGAAAGUCGAUUGGCUGACACAAGGGGAUAUUUAUUUCCCGAAAAUUGACGGCAUGAAAACGAGGCACCCCGAGAAAUGUAACUUUUUUUUUAGUCUCUCCAAUAUCCAAAGCCCUUCCCCAAGGUAAAUAUCUUCAGGAAUUCAGCCACGAAAAAGUCUGAUUGAAAUUAAUCCCCGAUUUAAAAAACAAAAAACGGGUAUUAUUUUCAGAUAACCACUUAAUAAUAAUAAUAAUUUACAUGUAUUAGUAAGGCGCCUUCCACUAAUGUCUCAAGGUGCCUUUGUUCACGAGAUAAAAUAGACCACUUUUUCAAAAUGCAUGACACUCAAGACGAGGAUAUAUAUGUAUUAUAUACACAUCUCUGCAUGCACGUGAUUUGUUUUCGUCAAAUUGUAUAAACUUACAAUGCAGGGAAUGAUUGGGAUAUGGGUGCCACGGUGGCUAGGAGAUGUUAACUACUUCGCCUGGUAUACAGGAGGUCGUGGGUUCAAUCCCGACCCUGACGCCUGCUGUAUAAUUGGCGUUUGCGUGUUCCCCCUGUGGAUUUUCCUCCAGGUCCUCUGGGGUUUCCCUCCAUAUUUAGAAUCAACGCGCAUUUACGGAGAGUAUUUGGCUGCCAAAAGUGUCUACACGAUAGGACCACUCCGUUGAGCUCUAUCAUUUCUGAUGGCCAGGUCGCCCCUGCAAAAAGAGCUGCAUAGCCCAGGGAGCUUUACCUGGUUAAAAAUAUAUAUAGUUGAAUAAUUUCGUUGAAUUUCGUUUAACUUUGUUUUCCGAAGAAUAAUUUCUCCUCCUUGGAAUUUAUCAUGGCCUAAGAAUUCAAUGGUUCAGAUCCCUUUGAUCCGAACCUCGGGGCCACCCUGAGGGUGUGGGGGGGGGGGUUAAUGGCCUUCGCACAAAAGAGGGCCCCACAAUAGACCUCUGGGAGCCUCUGGGUGGCCGUGCCUCGUUUGAAAUAUAAAUGUAAAAAAAUAUAUAUAAAUGUAAAAAUCUAUACAUUCAUUACAAUUUUUAGCUGCUCCGAUGAGCUGAGAUGAGAGGGUGAGCGGGUGGACGCACUCAUCCUUUCUGGCAGAACUAAGCCACUGACGGACAUUCCACAUUGCUCUGGCAGCUGCCAGUCCAUCCACAGCAUGCCUUCCGUUGACUUGCCACAGAGUGACAGGGCCUACUCAAAUGCAAAACCUCGUGGGAGCUCUGCGGGAAGUCCGCGGUGGUGUUUUGUGUUCGAGUAACCAUACCGGGCCUUGCCAUAGGUGUGUGGAAUGCAUAAAUAACUCAAGCGAAUUCAUGCCUUGGGUCGUGAGGCGAGGUGAGGUAUACGGACGGUUUACUAAGUUUACAGGCACUUGCCCUUAACGUUGUGUUCUCUACAUAAACAGUAUAUAUACACGCCCUCAUCCCUGUGAAAAUAUCAAUGCGUUAUGUUACAGCACUCCCGUUGCAAUUGUAAGUUGUUAAAAUCUAGUCUUGGCUUUAAGCUCCUACUUAUAGUAUACUUUGUAGUUUGUGUAACCAUUAUAUUUCCUUUUAAUGUUCUGAUUUAAGUUCAAAUCAUGCUGCUAUUUGCAUCGUUUUCAGAUUGAGACUUUUUUGUUUGUUAUUUGGAGUUCUAAGCAUGGCAGGGCAUCGUCACCCUUGCGUCAAAGGAAGUUGAUGUGCCGGAACUACUUCCAAGUCCCUGCACCAUGCUUCUUGUCCUUACGUUCCUCGAAAAUAGUGUUUGAUACAUGCCAAUCAAAUGUACAGUAUAUAUUUUUAAAUUCA